UAGAUAGGAUUAUACCUCUCAGCUCUCUUUCAUUCAUGUUCUCAUCCACAGCUUCAACCCUCUUGCUCCACUCCAACUUUGUGUAAUCUCUCUCUUUCUCUUUCUCUUUUCCACUCGGAUUUAACACACCCCAUAUGUUCUGUAUGUGAUUAGAUAGUAUGAACAUAUGCCAAAGAAAUCAACUUUGUGACUUUUUCUUAUAAAGUUUGGAACUUGAAUUUUUUGUGUCAUUGUGAGAGCUAUGUUCGUUUCAUUCCACAUUUCCAACACUGACUCACGCCUUCUUUUACCCACCAUGGUUGAUUGCACUUGUGCAUUUUACCCUCCAGCAACAUUGCAAGUGCUUCCUCUGGUCAGGGCUGCCCCUGCAAAUUUAACUUUUGUUUGUUCCUCCCAAAGGGUUCUCCCCAUUGAGGAGCUUCAACUCAGUGAUGCUGAUGAUGGGGACCCCUCAGAUGCUAUUGUUGAUUACUCUGAUUAUUUCAACAAUGGGGAUGGAGUGGUUGGCUUUGAUGACUCCCUCAGCGAAGAGGUGCUCAAGGAGAGGAUCAGAAGAAUGAGAAUAGGGCUGGCCAACCGCGGGAAAGUGCCUUGGAACAAAGGAAAGAAACACAGUGCAGAGACCCGGGAGCGAAUCAGACAAAGAACUAUAGAGGCUUUGAGGGAUCCUAAGGUAAGGAAGAAGAUGGCCGAACAUCCCCAUUCUCAUAGUGAUCAAACCAAGGCAAAGAUAAGUGAUUCAGUGAGGCGUGUUUGGUGUGAGCGGCUGAAGUCGAAACGGAUAAGGGAGGAUUUUUUGCUUUCAUGGACACAAAGCAUAGCAAAUUUUGCCAAGAAAGGAGGAAUUGGUCAGGAAGAGCUAGAAUGGGAUAGCUACCAUAAGAUAAGACAACAGUUGGAGCUCCAUCAUCAUAUGCUAGCCAGCAAAAAGCGAAGAGAAAAGGUGAUGGCAGUUACUGGAGCAAAGAAUAUCAUCCUAGCAUGGAGGGAAAACAUAGCCAGAGCAGCUAAGAAAGGAGGGAGUGGGGAACAAGAGCUUGACUGGGACAGCUAUGAGAAGAUACAAGAAGAAAUUAUUCGCCAGCGCCGAUUUCAGCGUACUGAAGAAAAGGCAAAGAAAAAAGAGUUGGCCAGGGUAAAAUCAGAGAAAGCAGCUCGGAUAAAAGCAAUAAAAAGGGUAAUCCUCACUCAGAAGAGAAAAGAGCAUCAAGAGAGGGCUAAAGUGAAAGGAAAUACAAAGAGUCAUCGCCACAGAAAUAGUAAGGAAGGCAAAGCUUCCUUGGAAGAUACUCAAGAGUUAAAACUGUGCAAUCCAUUAACUAAGAUUCACAUGAUUGAGAACACCAAUGGUGACUUAACUAGAGAAGGAGACACUUUUGAUUGCAUUUUUCCAGCCCAUAAUAAAUUGGAUUUAGAGCUUAUCAAGAGAGAAAAAAUGCAGAAAGAAGUGUCACUUGCUGAUCAAAUCCAAGCUGCUAGAGACAAAAAAAGUACCUACAUUAAUAAAAGACGAGAAUUCAAUUGAUGGUAUUGAAACAUCAAUUAUGGUAGCACCACAAGGAAAAGGAAGAGGCAGAAGCAAUCGAGGAGGGCGUGGUGUAUGCUGAUGAUAUUGUUAUUAUAAGAAAUGACGUCACUAGAAUUACUCAAUUAAAGAAUAAUUUGUUCAACCACUUUCAGGCCAAAGAUUUGGGUCAUCUAAAUAUUUCUUGGUAUUGAAGUGGCACAGUCAAAAGAAUGUGUCAUUAUUACACAAGGAAAAUAUGCUCUUGAUAUUUUGGAGGAAACAAACCUGACAAAUGGCAAGCCCAUUGAUAGUCAUAUGGUCUCAAAUCAAAAGUUAAUGAGAGAUCAAGGUGAAAUUUUCUCAGACCUAGAGAGAUAUAAAAGGUUGGUUGGAAAACUCAUCUAUCUUACCACAAUAAGACCUGAUCUUUCUUAUCUGGUGGGAGUUGAGUAAGUUUAUCCAACAUCCACAUGUUGAUCAUUGGAAUGCAGUGAUUUGUAUUCUCAGAUACGUAAAAGGAAACUCAAGAUAAAGAUUGUUGUGUGAGAACAAAGGAAGCACUCGGAUCCAAGGAUAUUGUGAUGCAUAUUGGGCUGGUUGUCCAAUUGAUUGAAGAUCUACUACAAGAUAAUGUGUUUUACUUGGAGGGAACCUUAUAUAUUGGAAAAACAAGAAACAAAUUGUUGUUGCUCGAUCUAGUGCUGAAACUGAAUAUCGAUCUAUGAUUCUAACUGCAUGUGAACUUGUGUGGAUUAAACAACUUCUUCAAGAAUUGAAAUUUUUGUGAAAAUGAGCAAAUGAAAUUGUACUAUGACAACCAAGUAGUCCUUCACAUUGCCUCUAAUUCUGUGUUUUAUGAGAAAACAAAACACAUAGAGAUUGACUUUAAUUUUAUUAGAGAGAAGUU